AUGCAAAAAAAGUUCAUUGCAAGUUUUCCAGGUCAUGAACUGACUCAUGGCUUUGAUGACGAAGGAGUGCAGUGGGACGGCACUGGAGUUCUCAGCGGAUGGAUGGACGAUCAAUCGAAAGGCGCUUUUGGGAAGAUGGCUGACUGUGUGGUGCAGGAAUACAACAACUUCUGCCCUUUGAACAAAACGGUGUACGGCUCAGCGGCUUGUUUGGACGGAGCUCGAACUCAAGGAGAGAACAUCGCCGACAACGGAGGAAUCCAUGCGGCGUUCCGCGCGUAUCGCAAUUUCAUCAAUCUCUAUGGGCCCGAUCCUCAACUUCCUGAUAAUAUGCUUCAGGAGUUCACCUCAGAUCAGCUGUUCUUCCUAGCGUUCUCUCAGGUCUGGUGCCAAACGACUCCUAGUCCAGGCGCACUUGAGCGUCAAAUUCUGGUGGAUCCACACUCACCAUCACAAUACAGGAACUUCCCUGCCUUCAAGGAUGCCUUCCACUGCCCAUCGUCAUCCUACGCUCCCGACAAGCACUGUGAUGUCUGGGUAUCCGACAUCGAUUCAUCGUACGGAGAGCCUGUCGUCAAGAGUGAGCUGAAUAUCAAGUCAAACGCUCAGAUCACAACAAGCGACAUCGACAAGUAUAAUGCCUACAAGCAAGCGGUCGCCUUCUAUCAGGUCCAGUGA